GACCCGCUCCAUGAGAGACCGGAAGCACAUGCUGCCGCGCUGCAGCUAGUUAUGUUGUUGUCUGCGACAUGUAGCUAGAAAACAGAAUUGAUUUGUGUGAUUUUUUUUAUAUAUACAACGUUUCUGUAAAAUAACUUGAAUGGCUGCAACGGUGGUUACACCUGUCUCUCCACCGGAGCCCGACCGGUGUGUGAGUGAGGAGGAGAGCCGCGGGGCUGAGGCCGAGGAGGAGAGCAGCCAGCAGCAGACAGGCCCCGCUCCCACCGUGACCCACACCCGAUUGUCCAGACUCCCACUGGCCCGCAUCAAGGCGCUCAUGAAGACCGACCCAGAUGUGUCACUCGCAAGCCAGGAGUCUGUGUUCAUCAUCGCUAAAGCCACGGAGUUAUUUGUUGAGAUGAUUGCCAAAGAUGCCAUGGUGUAUGCUCAGCAGGGGAAGAGGAAGACUUUGCAAAGAAAAGACUUGGACAAUGCAAUAGAGGCCAUAGAUGAAUUUGCAUUUCUUGAAGGCACGCUUGAUUAAACAAUUCUUCAGGACAG